AUGCUGAGGAAGGGCUCAGAGCUGGUGAAGGGUGACAGGGAGGUCCUCCUGGAUCUGGACUAUGGGGGUGAAGCACAAACCACAGAGAGCUAUGGGAGUCUGCAGAAUGGGGGAUUCAUCCCACCGAGAUAUCUUUCAGCUGCAGAUGAAGAUAUGGACGGGGAUGAUCCCAUUUAUAUUCACUGUAAUACAAGAAGCAGUCAGCCAGUUCCACAGCUGGGGAAUUACUUCAGAGAUGGAAGAACUAAAAUUGACUUUGUACUGGUGUGGGAGGUUCGCUCGCGGAGGAAGCGGCGAGGGAAGGGGAAGAGCGAUGUGGCCGGUGAGGAGAGGGAAACCGUGCCCACUGAGGAGAGCAGCAGGUCUGAGCGAAGGAAGGCACAGCUGGAACAGUGGAGGGAGAAGUUUGUUCAGAAUCUGGAGAGUACUGGGCUGGUCAUGGAAAAGGAGGAAACGGCGAAUGAGAAGAAAACAAUACAUUUUCUGAAGCUUAGUGCUCCCUGGGAUGUGUUGGUGUAUUAUGCUGAGGAACUCUGUCUGAGAGCUCCACUGCAGGCACAGCAAAAUCUGGACUUAAACACAUCUGCUCAGGUUCUGAGAAGAUUAUGCAUACCCAACGCGAUGACAGAGUCAGUACCAAACAGGCCGCUGGACUAUUACACAUGUGCCUUUCGCAAGUCAAAGAUGAACAGAUUCCUUGGCUGUGACAACCAUGAGACCUACUUCACUAACACACAGAGACACCGUAUUGUGUAUGAGAUUCUUGCCAGGACGAUUUAUGGCAAAAAGAAGAGGGCUGAAGUAGGUGUGGACAGACUGAUAAACGAAGGGGCCUACACUGCAGCUUUCCCUCUGCAUGAGGGCCCUUUUCAGCUUCCAAAGUUUGAGAUCCGUCCUGAUGAACUAAAUCAGAGACAGGUUCUUUACCACUACUGGGCCCGCUGGUGCAAAUGGUACAAGUACCAACCACUGGACCACAUCAGGGAGUACUUUGGAGAGAAGAUUGCACUCUACUUUGCCUGGCUGGGUUUCUACACAGCCUGGCUGCUGCCGGCGGCAGUGGUUGGAACCCUGGUCUUUGUUUCUGGAGUCAUGUCCAUGGGUACCAACACACCAGCUAAGGAAAUCUGUACUAGUGGAACCAUUUAUCUGAUGUGUCCUCUCUGUAACACGUGUAAGGCCUGGAACAUGUCUGAUAUCUGCACCAUGGCCAAGCUGGGCUACUUAUUUGACCACCCAGGUACAGUCCUCUUCAGUGUCUUCAUGUCCUUCUGGGCCGUAACCUUUCUGGAGUACUGGAAGCGAAAGAUGGCCACUCUGGCCCAUCACUGGGAUUGCAUGGACUUCCAUGAAGAAGAGGAGCGUCCUCGACCAGAAUUUGCAGCCAUGGCCCCAAUGAUGGAGCAGAAUCCAGUGACUGGGGUCAAAGAGCCCUACUUUCCAGAAAAGACCAGGCUGUCCCGUAUGUUCACUGGCUCCAUGGUCAUCAUUAUGAUGCUGUGUGUGGUGAUGAUCUUCCUGGUGACGGUGGUCAUGUGCCGUGGUAUCAUCAGCGUGAUGAUGUUCCAUACUGGGAGCCCCGUCCUGCGUACAGAGGCAGGGACCAUAGCCAACAUCUUGAGCAGUAUUGUGAAUCUGGGCCUCAUCCUGUUGAUGGGCCGGGUCUACACUGCAUUAGCUGAGCAGCUCACUAAAUGGGAGAUGCACAGAACACAAACCCAGUAUGACAAUGCCUUCAUCUUCAAGGUGUUCAUCUUCCAGUUUGUCAACUUCUACUCUUCUCCCUUCUAUGUGGCUUUCUUUAAAGGAAGGUUUGUGGGUUAUCCCACCAACUAUGGGACCUUGUUUGGGAUGAGAAAUGAAGAUUGUGGUCCUGGGGGUUGUCUCAUUGAGCUGGCUGAACAACUCUUCAUCAUCAUGGUGGGAAAGCAAAUCAUCAACAACGUUCAGGAGUUCAUUAUCCCUAAAGUGAAGGCCUGGCAGCAGAAGAGAACUUUGGCCAAGGUGCUGGGGGGUAAAGCAUCCCAUGAGCCUCAGCGCUGGGAGGAAGACUACCAGCUGGUGGAGUGUGAGGGCCUCUUUGAAGAGUAUCUGGAGAUGGUGCUCCAGUUUGGGUUCAUCACCAUCUUCGUGGCAGCCUUCCCCCUCGCUCCGCUCUUCGCCCUCCUCAACAACUGGGUGGAGAUUCGCCUGGACGCGCACAAGUUUGUGUGUGAGUAUCGGAGGCCGGUUGCUGAGCGUGCCCAGAACAUCGGAGUGUGGUUCAACAUACUGGAGGCCUUGUCACACCUGUCCGUCAUCGCCAACGCUUUUCUAAUAGCCUUCACAUCCGAUUUUUUACCUCGUCUGCUCUACCAGUACAAGUUCAAUAAUGAUCUCCAUGGAUACAUCAACUUUACCUUGGCUUACGCCCCACUCAACUACACUGAGUACCCCAUGUGCAGAUAUAAAGCAUUCAGAGACAACACAGGAAACUACACACUGUUCUACUGGGAGCUCCUUGCAGUCAGACUUGGUUUUAUCAUUGCUUUUGAGCAUGUGGUGUUCUUCGUGCUGCGAGCAAUUGACUGGAUUGUACCCGAUGUCCCUGAGUCCCUGGAGCUGAAGAUCAAGAGGGAGCGCUACCUGGCCAAACAAGCUCUGGCUGAAAACCAGGAGGCCCUGUUGGUGAGUCGAGGCCGAGGGGCCGUCCCUGCCACUCCGGGCACCUCCAGCCCAGUGAAUGUUGCUGGAUGAGGACAGCAAGCGACGCGUCCUUUGGAAACAUGAGUUAGGACUCCACCGUGGAAAAGGAGUGCAGGGAGAAUAAAAGGCACUCCUUUGCAUCUGGGAUAACAUGAGUGAACUUUUUCCCUGAGAGGAAUGCUGUCUUGGCACUGGGAUUCUUUGUCAUUAUACUCAUGCAUACUGCUGCAUGGACAUUAUGAUAAACAGGUUUGUAAUGGAGGCUUCACCCACGUUUUCAUUUAGAGAAUUCACACUCCACCAACAUUUUCAGGCAGACUCACUGAAAAUCCAUGACUUAUGUUCACAUGAGACCUAUACAGGUUACAUCUUCACGGUCCGUCCUUGAUCCAUCCACUCUGGGUACUGACCUGCAGCGACUAGGCCCCAGCCUGAGCAGACUAAAACAUCUUAAAAAAUAUGAUCAGUAUAGUUUAAUAAUAUCUCAGUAUGAUGUUGGAACAAGGGCAUUUUAAGCUAAAAUGCAACAUCCUCAAUGUAACAGACAGUAUCUACAAUAAUGACACCACAUCAUGUCAGUAAUUUGUUGUGUUUUGAUUGGCUAGUUGGCUAAUUGGCUAAUUUGCAGCAUGUAUUGUUAGUGCCAUCAUACUGUCGUCAGGUUUUGUCAGUUGGCCUCUACAGUACGUCACAGUGAGCGCUGUAAUCCUAAACUUAUGUAACAUUAAAGGGGCACUCUGCACUGAGGGGCCAAUACAGCAGAGGCUGAGGUGUCCUGACUUUUAGUGUGGGUCAGACCACCAGAACAUUUAGGAUCAUUAAAACAAGUAUUUUAAUUUUGGGAAUUUACAGAUGGGGAAGAUCCCUCCGAAACCAGCGACUGCUCUGACUUGUUUAUUAGCAACUUGAUUAGACUUGACACAACUACUCCAGAGCAACUGAAACUGUUGUUGAAACUUAAGCUGUGUUUUUUUCUUCCUUAUGAUGACCACUUGAGUUAAACUACAAUUUCUGGCUGAUACUGUAAACCGGCAAACUUUUCUUUUUUUUUUUAGCUAAUUUUUAUUAGGCUGUGAUAAUGAGCUGACAGUACUGACACAAAUCUGUUGUCUUCACUAUGGGUUAAAAAUCUACACCCUGCAAUGAAUGCAGUAUGUUCAUCCAAUGCACAUAUACUGUAUAUGUUUACUGUCCACGAAUGCUGAGCAUGCUUGUCUUUUUACUUCAAUCUGUGCAGUGUUUAUAUGGAGGAUUUUGGAGAGUUGCUAAUGCACAAUACUGUAAACAGGUGUGAAACAGUACCUCGAUAUAGGACAUAUUUUGUGUGUGAGCUGUUUUGCAU